CCUGAAUGGUAACUCUCUCGUACGUCGAGUGCUUGCCUUUAGACGUAAGGGUGGGUUGCGAGUCAUGGUCAGAAAAGCCUUCAAUUUGCAAUUCAUGCCAAUCCAUGAUCGUCGUCAUUGGCUGGAGCGGCUUACGUGACUUAUUCGGCACCGAAUUCGCGUUGCAGAGUUACACGAUACGGUGGGUGCUGUUCGUGCUGCUUCGGCUGCGCCUCCCUGAACGCAAGAGCUUCGUAGUGGAAGAGAGGCUUUGCUGCAGGCGUAUAGUCUUCGAGUGCGAGAAGUUAGGAUAUGAGAGCAACUUACGUGACGAGAGAAGGGGCGUUGAUUGCACCAGAGGUGUUAAGUGUGCUGAUUGAAGCAUUGCGCCUAGUUCCUUUCACGGAUGCAGAC